AAUCCUAAUCCUAGAUUUUACAUACAGCUGUGACUGUGAACUGCAGCUGAUUUUGUUAGUUUAAAAAUAAAAUAUCUAAGCCAUCAUUAGAUACGUCUCCACUCUCCCCUCCAGUUGGCCACAACCACUCGCUAUAAGUAUAAAUUAGACUGCUUCACCGGCGACGGCGAGCACUCCGGUAACUCUACUGAGUACUUUGCGGAUUUCGGUUCCAUACCAAAGAGGGCCAUUUGUGAUUAAAUAAUAUUACUUCAUUCUCACACCCAUAUCCAAAGAGCAACCAUUAUUACUUCUUAUACCUACCCCUUCAGUCCCAAUCCCAAUCCACAAACAAAUUAAAAACCCAACGGAAAUUUGAAUUUCCAUUGAUAGUGGUGUGAAAUUAGUUAUGGAACAAAAUUUGGCACGCCGGCUUCUGGCGACAGAGCUAGGGAACACCCCAUCGGAGGCGAACCGUACGGGUGAUUCAGCUUAUGUUGGAGAGAUGAAUUUGGAUGCCAACAUGGUGGUAAUACUUGCGGCUUUAUCAUGUGCGCUAAUUGGAGCGCUCGGAAUGAACUCUAUUGUACGCUGCGUUUUGAGAUGUAGCCAGAGUCCGGAGGGGGCCGCAGCGGCCACCGGCCUCAAGAAGCGAGAUUUGGGUCAAAUUCCGGUGGGGGUUUACGGAAUCGGAGGCGGUGACGGUGGCAAUAUGGUCAAUAUUAAGGGCACGGAUUGCGCAAUUUGCCUCGGGGAAUUCCAACCGGGCGACAAGCUCAGAAUGCUGCCCGUUUGCAACCAUGGAUUCCACGUCAGAUGCAUUGACACCUGGCUGCUGUCCCACUCCUCCUGCCCCAACUGUCGCCAUUCCCUACUGCACCCGCCGCUUAAAGUCAAAGAAAUCGCCGCCGUUUCGCAGCCCCCGCCGGCUUCUGCAUCAACCCAAGCCCAUGUCGUUCUGCUCCUACAGAGUGGCAGUCAGACACAGAUAUCCUAAUUUUUAGUACAAUUUAGCCUUUUGUAAGUGUGUCAUGUGGAUGAGCCUUCUGGGUUCUGUGUUGUUCAAAUUUUGUGUACGUAUAAUUCUAGUUAUAGUUGUUAUAGUCCGUCCACAACAAACAUCGGAAGGAUUAUGCUGCCUUUUCUUUUAGUUUUUGUUUUCAAUGAUAUGCCGACAAUAACUAGCUAGCUUAGAUUCUUGAGAAAA